UGGAUCUUCACAAGUCUACUCGGCAGAUCCCGGUUACGCGAGGUGCAUGACGUAAUUUCCGCUCGUGUCUUGCAGGGAGGAGGCGGGUGCUGAAAUGACAUUCGGCCCCACCAACCAUAGCAUAUUUCUUGAAGCCCCGUUGAUUAGGAGCAAUAAAGCGCUCUUGACAUCCGUCCAGGAAGACGGAGACGUAUAUUAGCCAGAUAGCUGGCUGAACACCUAACGGCAAAAUGGCGGCGGGUAAUGUCAACCCGUUUAACGUGAGUGAUUCGGAGGAGGAAGCGGAGCAGAGGCAGGAUGGCGCGGACACCGAGCGCAGCCCGAGUGAUGAAGCCCAAGGCCACAGCCUCGGUCCCUUCUCCCCUCCCGCGUACUCCGAGCCAGCCAUUCUGCUGUCCAGCAACCGAACCAGCCCGAGUGUGGAUGGUAUACCAGCGUCGGCCGCUGCGGUUGCUGGAAUCGGAGUAGGAAGCGCAGAGACGCGGGUGUCGCUGGAUGCGAUCGCCGCGCAGCUGCUCCGGGAUCAGUACAUCCUCACGGCCCUGGAGCUGCACACCGAGCUCCUGGAAGCCGGACGCGAGCUGCCUCGCCUGCGGGAUUAUUUCUCCAAUCCAGGCAACUUCGAAAGGCAAAGCGGAACUCCACCCGCAUGCAAAGAGCAAGGUGUUGGUCCUGGAGGUCCACUUACUGCGCAGGUGCAGGAUAGAAAGAGGAGAAAAAGAGAGGCUCAUACAAGGGAUCGAGCUGGCAGCAUCAGUACGUUGGACUCCUUGGAUUUCGCACGUUAUUCAGAUGAUGGCAACAGGGAGUCGGACGAAAGAGUGGCAGUUCUGGAGUUUGAACUGCGGAAAGCCAAGGAGACCAUUCAGGCUCUUCGUGCCAACUUGACUCAGGCUGCAGAAUGCGAGAAUCCCUCUCAAGAGAGAAAAAACUACAAAUCCAGUCCUGAAAUUCAGGAACCUAUUCGCCCUCUUGAAAAAAGAGCCUUAAAUUUUUUAGUUAAUGAAUAUUUAUUGAAAAAUGAAUACAAGUUAACGUCCAUCACAUUCUCAGAUGAAAAUGAUGAUCAGGAUUUUGAGUUGUGGGAUGAUGUGGGUCUAAACAUUCCCAAACCUCCAGACCUACUGCAUCUCUAUAGGAACUGUGGGAAUAGCCUGACUUUGCAUCGGGAUACAGUGGAUGUGGCGGUCAGUGUGGACCCAAGUGACUUGCCUGGAGACUAUUUUACCCAGGAACCUGUGCAGCAAACUGAGGCCAUACAGCAGCAGCAGCAGCAGCAGCAGGAAGUGGUUCAGGAGCUGGAAUAUCAGAUCAGCCUGCUGAACAGUGAGAAACAGAGUCUGGCUGAACAGAUUAAGAAGCUCCAGAGUGAUAUCCAGGCGCUUCAGAGGAACGUUUCAUCAGAACCCACAACUGUAGUGAAGUCGACUCCAUCUAAAGACCCUCUAUGUGAUAAACCUCACCUAGACAAUGGACAGUAUUUGGACAUACGAGGGGUCACAGAAACAGACGGCCCCCUGGAUGCCAACACUACAAAGACCUCAACCACUACAACUACUACUACUGACUGCACUGAAAGCACCACUACUGCUACACAACCUCACAACAAACUAAAGUCUCAGAGUCAGCAGGGUAAAACCGCUGUGAAAUUCGACCAGCCCAACAGAAAGCUGUCUCCGGUCUUCCACCAAGCACUUUUGUCCUUCUGUCGAAUGUCUGCUGACAGUAGGCUGGGCUCAGAGGUGUCUCGAAUCGCCGACAGUGAGCAGAGCGUCAUGCUCAUGUUGGGCCGCUGCCUGCCACACAUCGUACCCAACGUCCUGCUGGCCAAGCGAGAGAGAAUGGUUGUGCACCUCUGUCAGGAGUUGAUUCCUCUCAUUCUGUGUACGGCCUGCCUGCAUCCCGAGCCCAAAGAAAGAGACCAGCUACUGCACAUCCUCUUUAAUCUUAUCAAGAGACCUGAUGAUGAGCAGAGGCAGAUGAUUCUGACCGGGUGUGUGGCCUUCGCUCGCCAUGUGGGUCCCACUCGGGUGGAAGCCGAACUCCUGCCGCAGUGCUGGGAACAGAUCAACCACAAGUAUCCAGAGAGAAGACUUCUGGUGGCGGAAGCAUGUGGAGCCCUGGCCCCUUAUUUACCCAAGGAGAUCCGAAGCUCCCUGGUUCUGUCCAUGCUUCAGCAAAUGUUGGCGGAAGAUAAAGCAGAUAUGGUCCGAGAAGCUGUGGUCAAAAGUUUAGGCAUUAUAAUGGGCUACAUUGACGAUCCAGACAAAUACUCCCAGGGCUUUGAGCUGAUGCUGUUGUCUCUGGGCGACCCCUCGGAAAGGGUGGUCAGUGCCACCCACCAAGUGUUCAUUCCUGCCUUCGCUGCCUGGUGCACAGAACUGGGCAAUUUACAGUCCCAGCUCAUCCCCUCCCUCCUCACGCGCAUCGAGAAACUGCUCAAGCAGGGUGAAUAUGGUCUAGAUGAACACAAGCUACAUAUGUAUCUGUCAGCGCUUCAGUCCCUCAUCCCGUCUCUGUUUGCGGUGCUGCUUCAGAACGCCCCCUUCACCAGUCGAGCCAACCUACAGGGCGACGUGCCUCCUAUCGAGGUGACCCGAUUCCCGCGGCCAGCCUCCCCGUUGCAGGACGUGGCCACCAUCGUGGGCAGCCGAGAGCAGUUGGCAGUUCUGCUGCAGUUAUAUGAUCAUCAGCUCCAGCAUGAAGGAACUACAGGAUGGGACAGUUUGCUCUGGGUGGUCAACCAGUUUUUACCACAGCUAAUAGAGAUUGUAGGACGCAUCAACGUCACCUCAUCCACCUGUGUGCACGAGUUCUCCAGGUUCUUCUGGAGAUUGUGUCGAACAUUUGGGAAAAUCUUUACCAACACCAAGGUAAAACCUCAAUUCCAAGAAAUCCUGCGGCUAUCUGAGGAGAAUGUGGAUGCCAGCGCAGGAAACGGCAUCCUUACCAAGGCUACGGUGCCGAUCUAUGCAACCGGAGUCCUGACAUGCUACAAUCAGGAGGAGGACCGUAAACUCUUGGUGGGCUUUCUUGAGGAUGUCAUGACCACCCUAUCUCUCUCCCAUGCUCCUCUUGACAGUCUAAAGGCUUCAUUUGUAGAGCUGGGGGCAAACCCUGCGUAUCAUGAGCUUCUUCUGACGGUGCUUUGGUAUGGAGUGGUCCAUACAUCCGCACUGGUACGCUGCACCGCUGCACGCAUGUUCGAGCUGUUGGUGAAGGGGGUGAAUGAAACUCUAGUAGCUCAGAGAGUUGUUCCAGCACUUAUCACUCUCUCCAGUGAUCCUGAAAUCUCAGUGAGGAUAUCGACAAUACCUGCCUUCGGAACAAUUAUGGAAACUGUAACGCAAAAAGAGCUGCUAGAGAGAGUGAAAAUGCAGCUGGCCUCUUUUCUGGAAGACCCCCAGUACCAGGACCAGCAUUCUUUGCACAUGGAAAUUAUCAAGACAUUUGGGAGAGUAGGACCCAACGCAGAGCCGCGCUUCAGAGAUGAAUUUGUUCUUCCUCAUUUGCACAAACUGGCUCUGUGCAACAACCAGCAGACGGUGGAGAGUAAAAGAAUUGACAUUGCCACUCAACUGUUUGAGGCGUACAGCGCCUUAUCCUGCUGUUUUAUUUCUGAAGAACUUAUGGUGAAUCAUUUCCUCCCUGGACUGAGAUGUUUGAGGACAGAUAUGGAGCAGCUCUCUCCUGAGCAUGAGGUUAUUCUCAGUUCCAUGAUAAAGGAGUGUGAAAUAAAGGUGGAGAACAAAGGCAUUGGAGAGGCACAAGGAUCCAUCUCUAUUGCAGCGAGUCUGGUGGGCGAGGACGCAAAGACCAAGUUUCUAAGUAAGAUGGGCCAGCUGACCACCUCAGGUGCCAUGCUGGCUAAUGUUUUCCAGAGAAAGAAAUGAGAGCUGCUUGGGUGUUUCCAUGAUCCUCCACUUUCUGGGAUCUCCUACUUGAAGUCAAUCGUCUGCCUUUCUUUUGUUCGUCUUUGAUUUGAUAGGCUAUAUUUUUAACAUAUUUAUGUCUUAAAUUUAUUCCAGCCUCCAAAGAAAUUUGCACUCAUGUUUCAAUGUUUUCCUUUUUUUAUUUCGAUUUUAUUUCAUAGGCUUAUUUGCAUCACUACAUUUGUUUUUGGUUUUUGACAGUAUGAACUUUAUGAAAUCAGAACAAUGAUUCCUUCCUUGUCAAGUUGUCUUUUAUGUGUUGCUGUGUCUCUGGAGAAAAUUUUCUAUAAGUGUGUAAAAUUGUCCAGGGUUUUGUUUCUCUUAUUUUGGAUAUGCUCCAACAGUAAAUAACUGUAAAAUACAGUCAAUUGAGAGAACAGUACCCAAUAUCAUGUAUAUUUGAACAUUCGUGUCAUAAAAUAAAUAAAAAGCGAAGACCACUUGUGUACUUAUGUA